AUGGCCUCCCGUGCCCUUGUCUCGGGUCUACCCAGGUCCCUCCCUCCCCUUCCUCCGGGGCCUGCCCCCACCUGUGUUCCUUGUGUCGAGGGCCGGCAGCGCGCCGCCCCUCACUCCUCCUCGUUUCCUCCGACUGAGGCUCCUCUGCAGACUCUUCACAUGGACGUGUGGGGCCCAGCCCGCGUCCGUGGACAGGGUCACGAGCGCUACUUCCUCCUGGUCGUUGACGACUACUCGCGUUACACCACAGUCUUCCCCUUGCGCAGCAAGGGUGAGGUCCCUGAGGUGUUGAUCGACUGGAUCCACGGUGCUCGCCGCCAGCUCAGUGAGAGUUUCGGCUCAGACCUUCCUGUUCUGCGUCUGCACUCGGACAGAGGCGGGGAGUUUUCCUCCGACCUCCUGAGAGCCUUCUGUCGUUCGGAGGGCAUCCGCCAGACGUUCACGCUUCCAACCUCCCCGCAGCAAAAUGGGAUUGCUGAGCGCCGCAUUGGCAUGGUCAUGGACGUCGCUCGUACGUCCAUGAUCCAUGCGGCUGCUCCCCAUUUUCUGUGGCCGUUCGCGGUUCAGUACGCGGCGCAUCAGAUCAACCUUCAGCCUCGUGUCUCCUUGCCGGAGACCACACCUACUCUGCGGUGGACGGGGAAGGUUGGCGAUGCGUCCGCGUUUCGUGUCUGGGGAUCUCGAGCUUUUGUCCGCGAUACUACCGCGGACAAGCUGUCCUCCCGUGCCGUUCCCUGUGUCUUCCUUGGCUUCCCUCCUGACGCACCCGGGUGGCAGUUCUACCACCCCACCUCGCGUCGUGUUCUGUCCUCUCAGGACGUAGACCCUGCCGAGCCGGUCGAGGUAGCUGUCGACUCAGGUGCUGCUGGGGGUGCUUCCCCUGCGGGUGCGGGGCCUGGGGGUGCUGAGACUGGGGGUGCUGAGUCUGGGGGUGCUGAGCCUGGGGGUGUGGCGCCUGAGGGUACUGCGUCUGGAGCGGCUUCGUGA